ACGUAUCGUGGCGAAAAGGUUUCAAACCAAAAAAAAAAAUCAUCGUCGAGAUCGGGGAGAGAGAGAGAGAGAGAGAGAGAGGUGGAAGACGAGGAGGGCGAGAAGAGGAGAUCUAGAAGAAGGUUUGGGCGGGAUGGGUUUCUGGAUGACGACCAUCGUGUUCUUCUUGUUCGGAGUCAUCGCUUCCGCCUCCGUCCGCCUUUGCUGUAACCGCGGCCCCUCGACCAAUCUGUUUCAUUUAACGCUAAUCAUCACUGCAACAAUUUGCUGUUGGAUGAUGUGGGCGAUUGUCUAUCUUGCUCAGCUGAAGCCUCUAAUUGUACCAAUCCUCAGCGAAGGAGAAUGAGAUGCUCUCGAGGAAUUAUUUGAAUCAUUUGCUGUGAUUCCAGAAGGCACAUUCCAUUUCAGCUGCAGCACUGUGCUGCCACGCAUCUUAUUGCACAAUUUAUUCUCUUUGUCUUUACUUCUUUUCUAAAACGAUCUCUGAACAAAGUGGCCUACUGAAAAUUUUGGUUUGUGCCUAUUUGUAUUAUGAUGCCAAUUUCAUAUAAAUGUUAAAAUUCUUAA